CAUGCCGGCCAAAAAAACAAACUUCCCUUUUUACCUGUGGCUUCUCCGAUUGAUCUCUCUCAUCCAUAAGAUCCAUUAUUACCCUCACCAUGACUUACGACUUCGUCGCCAUUGCCUACUCCUUAGCCGUGACGGCUGGAGGCGUGUUGGGCUACGUCAAGAAAGGCUCGCUCAUGUCUGGCAUGGCCGGGGUGGUUUGUGGCGGGCUCUUGGGAUUUGGGGCCUACCAGACCUCGCAAAACCCGAAUAAUUACUAUCUCAGCUUGGGCGUGGCCGGGGUCAUGACCGGGGUGAUGGGUUCGCGGUUCUUGAACUCAGGCAAAAUCAUGCCGGCCGGACUCGUGGCCGUCCUUUCUUUGGCCAUGGUUGUCCGAUAUGGACUCCGAUGGGCCAACGCCGCCAAAACAGCCCCACCACUUCGAAAAGAUUGAUUAUUCAUAGCCUCAAGCAUCGGAAUGGAAUAGGCGCAACCAUUUAUUUUAUCUAUUUCAUCUGCUGUGGCUUGUUUGUUUUGAACACGCGAUUUUGUAUGCUUACGGGGAGUGUGAAUCGAAUAUAUAUUUGCAUUAAGA